AUGGCCUCAUUUCUCCGUGGAAAGCAGGCGGGCAUGCAGAAGGACCUGUCCGCCGCCAUCCUCCCGCACCUCUUCAUCCCGGACGAGCAGGCCCGCUUCGGCAUCAACUCGCAGAUCAGCUGCCUCGCAUACGACCCCGUCCAGUCCCUCCUAGCCGUCGGCACCAACGAGUCCAAGUUCGGCAACGGCCAGAUAUACGUCUUUGGACAGAGCAGAAUACAAAAGUACUUCCAGCACAACAAGCCCGGCUCCAUCCGGAGCCUCCACUUCUCCGCCAACAGGCUCAUCAGCCUCAACACCAGGGGCGAGCUGACGAUAUGGGACCUGGACACGGCCAGAAGAAUCGCUGGUGGGCCAUGUGGCAGCGGCGUUGUCAGCGUCGUCACAGAUCCCAUGCUGGACUGGGCCCUCAUCGGCCAGUCCAGCGGCGAAGUGUCCGCCUACGACCUGGACCGCGAGAGGCUGUCCCCCUUCCGCACUCCCAACUUCUGGCGAGAGAAGGACCCCAAGUCCACCAUGGCCCACCUCGUCUCCAUCCAGCUACACCCUCGCGACAUUGGCAAGUUGCUGGUAGCCUACACACACGGCGCUGUCAUCUACUCGUUCAAACAGAACCAGGCCACCAAGUUCUUCGAGUACGUCUUGCCACCAGGGGCUCCAGGCGGCAACUCGGAGAACGUCGACUCCUUGCGCAGGCCGAGGUUGCUACAUGCUGCCUGGCACCCUACCGGCACUUUCAUCCUGACAGCUCACGAUGACGGGAGUCUUGUGUUCUGGGACCCCAAGGAUGGCCGGGUCGUCAUGGCGAGGUCCCUGUACGAGACUAGUGUCGACCAGGUGACUUCGAGUCCUCCGCCUCCGAGACUCAUCCAGCCAUUCACCAAGAUCUCAUGGUGCUGCAAAGAGAAUCCAGACGAUACUGCUCUCCUCAUCGCCGGGGGACAGGCGGCAGAUGAGCCACAAAAAGGUCUGACUUUCUUGGAGCUGGGUCAGACCCCGGUCUACGCAACCUCGUCCUGGCAGGCACUGGGGGAUCACUUCAAGGCCAAGCGCCAACAACUCCUACCCAUUCCACCAGGCACCGACGUGACCAACUACUGCUUGCUCCCACGGUCAACACCUCACUUCUCCGGGGCUCAGGACCCGAUCGCGAUCCUGGCCACGCUGUCCUCGGGCGAGCUGAUCACCAUGAGCUUCCCCUCCGGGUACCCAAUCAGCCCCACCAACCAACUUCACCCUUCGCUGUCAUUCGUGCAUCCCUUCGUUACCAAGGUUGUAGUCUCGACUCUAGACCGCGGUCGAUGGCUGGGGAUGAUGGAGAAGCGCAGUAAAGGAGAGGAUCUGCUCAAGGGGGGGGCGGAGGCCCCCAAGCCACGAAGGCGAUAUGAGGGCAGAAACAUCAUCCAGGUGGCCCAUGCCGACAGCACCAUUCGCCUCUGGGACCUCGGGCAUGCUGAUGAGAUGGAAAACCCCACACAGUUGCAGGUCGAUCUCUCCAGGGCUCUCGAUCGAUUUGAAAACGUCGACGUGUCUGCCAUGCACCUGGCAGCAAACAGUGGUGAUUUCGCUGCCGGUACUACCAGCGGCGACGUUGUCAUCUACCGUUGGGGCGGAAAUCAUAGCUACGGCCAGGAAGAUAACAAGCAGCUCGAAAGCAACCCCGGUGGCCUGGUUGACAUCAGCUCAAGAACCGAGCCUUCGUUGAAGGAAGGUCUUCAGCCUUUCGUCUUGUAUGAGACUGCGCAAGGGCCUAUCACUGCUCUUUGCGUUUCUGACGUUGGUUUCGUAGCUGUAGGGUCUGAGGGUGGCGGUGUUAGCAUCAUCGACCUGCGUGGUCCCACCGUGAUUUUCAAGGGGUCCAUGGGAGAGUUGGCGCAGAAGGAGAAGAGGUCGUCAUUCCUCAGAGGACACUCGAGCGCCACUGCGACAAAGGACUACCCGGUCGUCAUUGAGUUCGGAAUCAUGACGCUCGACGAUGACAACUACUCCAGCAUCGCAUGUUUUGUGGGUACCGCUCAGGGUAAAGUGGCCACGUUCAAGCUGCUGCCCUCUGGCAACAGUUACUCAGCCAAACUGGCCGGUGUUGCAAAUCUGGGCGACAAGGUCAUCGCUAUCUGCCCGAUUCAGGCGGACACUGGCCGGCCCGCCGCAGCUACUCCAGAGGUCAUGGGUGGCCUUAGGAACGGCCAGCAUGUUAAUGGCGUCCUGGUCGUCGCGACUCAAAAUGAGGCCCGCAUUUUCAAGCCUGCUAGUUCCAAAGGUGCCUCGAAGUCCUUUGACGAUGUUCUCUGCGACGCAGCCGCUGUCACCGAGUUCGAGCUACACGGUUUCGCAUUGGUAGCGACCUUCGGCGACGGGAGCGCUCGCGCGUUCUCUCUCCCAGGCUUGAAAGAGUUCGCCAAGGCCCCGCUCCCCACGCUCGACCCCACCAGGAGCACUAGCAAUAUCGUCGCCUCGACCGGAGACAUUAUCGGGUGGGCUGGGCCUUCCGAGCUUGUCAUCAUUCCCGUAUGGGGCACUGGCAAGGGCAAGGGCGCUCUGAACAAUGACGACAAGCUCAUCAACCCUGAGGCCAUGAUACCGCCGCGGCCAACGAUUUCCAACGUGCAGUGGUUGUCCGGGACGCAAUACGUAUCACCCACAGACCUCGACCUGCUGAUUGGUGGGCCCGACAGGCCGGCCUCGAAACGGAUGAUCGCGGCGGCGGAGGAGGAGGCGAGGCUGGCCAGGGGAGGCCCCGGUGCUAGCUCAUCUGGGGCUGGAGCAGCGAGUCAAGAAGGAUGGGGGGAGUACCUGCAGCGACAGCUCAACGAAAGAACGGAGAAACUGAAUAUGAUGGGCGACAACAUGGAGAGCCUCAACGAUCAGAGCCAGGGCUGGGCUGAUGAUGUGAACAAAUUCAUUGGAAAGCAGAAGAGGAACGUGGUCAUGGGAGGCCUGAAGUCCAAAUUUUUCUGA